GUCCUCUAUAUACAAGCAUUUGUUCUGGUCUUUCUGUUAGGAAAAGUUAUGGGGAAGGUUUUCUUUGGUCAAUUAAGAGCAGCUGAAAUGGAGCACCUCCUGGAGCGCUCCUGGUACGCUGUUACAGAAACUUGUUUGGCUUUCACAGUGUUCCGGGAUGAUUUCAGCCCUCGCUUUGUAGCACUUUUCACUCUUCUACUGUUCCUCAAAUGUUUCCAUUGGCUAGCUGAGGAUCGUGUGGAUUUUAUGGAACGCAGUCCAAACAUUUCCUGGUUGUUUCAUUUCCGUAUUCUUGCACUGAUGCUCUUGCUGGGUGUGCUGGAUGUUCUUUUUGUGUCUCAUGCUUAUCACAGUCUGGUCACCCGUGGGGCCUCUGUUCAGCUAGUCUUUGGCUUUGAGUAUGCCAUACUUAUGACCAUGAUCCUCACCGUGUUCAUAAAAUACGUACUUCACUCUGUGGAUUUGCAGAGUGAGAACCCAUGGGAUAACAAAAGCUGUCUACAUGCUAUACACUGAACUUCUGACUGGGUUUAUAAAAGUUUUGCUGUACAUGGCUUUCAUGACGAUCAUGGUCAAAGUCCACACGUUUCCUUUGUUUGCAAUUCGCCCAAUGUAUCUUGCAAUGAGGCAGUUUAAGAAGGCUGUGACAGAUGCCAUCAUGUCAAGAAGAGCAAUCCGCAAUAUGAACACACUGUAUCCUGAUGCUACUCCAGAAGAGCUCCAGGCAAUGGAUAAUGUGUGUAUCAUCUGCAGAGAAGAGAUGGUGACAGGAGCAAAGAGACUACCAUGUAAUCACAUAUUUCACACCAGCUGCCUGCGUUCCUGGUUCCAGAGGCAGCAGACCUGUCCUACAUGCCGCAUGGAUGUUCUUAGAGCCUCCCUCCCUGCUCAGACACCAGCACCUGCUGACCAGCCUGAUCCUGCCCAGCAGCCACAUGCUGCUCCUGCACAACAAACACCAAUUGUUCCUCCACAGCCCAACUUUCCCCCUGGGAUGCUCCCUCCUUUUCCACCUGGCAUGUUUCCUCUUUGGCCCCCAUUGGGUCCUUUCCCACCUGUUCCUGGAGCUCCUGGAGCCAAUGCCCCUGAAGAAGCAGCAAAUGCAGGACCCUCUACUGCAUCUGCUGCCAGACCUAGUGAAGGUGCAGCUGCAGGUGGCUCUGACUCAUCUGCUGGGACAUCCAUGCCAGGGUUUCCAUUUCCCCCUCCAUUUUUGGGGAUGCCCAUUUUCCCUCCAUUUGGACUUCCACCAAUGCCGAUGCCUCCUGCAGGCUUUGCAGGCUUAACAGAUGAGGAGCUGAGGGCAAUGGAGGGUCAUGAAAGACAAAACCUGGAAGCCAGGCUGCAGUGUCUGCAAAAUAUCCAUACCCUUCUAGAUGCUGCAAUGCUACAGAUUAACCAAUACCUAACCGUGUUGGCAAGCAUUGGCCCCCCUCGUCCACCAGUCCCUUCUGCACAGUCCCCACCAGCACCCACAGAUACGGCUUCCUCUAGUCACACUGAAGAAACUCCUUCAGAUGCACCAUCAGAG